UUUUUCCGGCACACUCCGCCAUUCUACGCGAAAAUAGCCAAUAUAGAACCCGGUUAAGAAUAGCUGAGCGUGAACGAAAUCGACGUGAAGAAGAACUUAAACGGCUUUUAACUCUCCCACAACCAACAAAAUCUUUAAAUAAUAAUAAAUUGUCUUACUCAACAUUAUCUGAGAAUCGGAUAGAAAUGAUGGCCUUAAAAAGAAAAAUUUUACUUUAUGAGAGAUUACUUAAAGAAAAAACAAGAGAGAACACAAAAUUAUUGGAAGACAAAAAAAUUGUAGAAGCAUCAGAAACACGCAAAUUAACAGAAAAACUGGAAAAUGAAUGUCAAAGGCUACGAGUACAUUUAGCACAAUCUGUUCCGGAAACAGAAUUUUUAAAAGAAAAGGAUCAGUAUUUAACAAUAAUAAAUAGAUUAAUUGAUGAAAAUAUGCAUUUACGUCAAGUUGUUGGGAAGUUUGAACACAAGAGAAAAGGUUGGAAUUUUUUCAUUAAAAAUAAUUCUGAUUUUGUAGAUAAAAUUCUGAUUUUCAAGUUUAUUUAUUUUCAUAAUUCUGAUUUUAGACAAUAA